AUGGUCCAGGAGACCACCGAGGAGGCCAGGGCUGGGGUUUUCAGCGAGGAGGCCCUAACCACGAUCACCCAUGUUGGCCCACUGCCGGACAUCGAGGUCGUGGAGUUCGGGGAGGAAGGGGAAGAAAGCGUGCCCCUCAGGGAACUGGGCUCCAUGCUGCUGGGGCGCAUGCAGACCGAGGAAGCCCAGGAGCCGGAGCUGCUGGCGGAGCCCAGCCUGGAUGAGGAGUCCCUCCUGUCCCCGGGCGCCCGGGCCACCAUCCCCAGCCACAGCCUGCGCCAGAAUGUCAUUGGUGGCAUCAAGGACAUCUUCCUCGUUACCAAGCUGGCCGCGAGGCUGUGGACCUAUGUCGCCAAAGGAUGGAUGUGGCUCCUCAACUUCUGGCGCCUGGUCCUCUUUGCCACCAUCCUUUUCCCCGGCUUCGCUCAGAUGAUAGUCUUCUACUUCUUCUCGCCCCGACUCCUGCGCAGCAUCGCCUUUGGCUCCAAGCCUCGAAAUAGGCUCGAUGUCUUUGUGCCUCGCCGGAGGUGGCAGCGUCAGGGCCCCCUCCCCACCGUCAUCUUCAUCACUGGCGGCGCCUGGACCAUCGGCUACAAAGGCAAGCAGAAGGGGGUUUGA